AUGUACGAGCUUUUUCUUACAACGCUCGUCGACGACGACGACAUUCAGGCGGCUUGCUCCGUCUUGGGUGGUCUCUGCGCCAUGCCCGCCUGGCAGAGCCUCCAUCGCGUCCUCUACUUCAAGGGCCCGGCCAAACCUGGCGGGAUCUCGAACCAGAACUCAAUCGUCAAAACUCCUCGAAAAGACAUCCAGACCUUGUGGAAGGACCUGCACCAACAACUGAGCCGCCAAUCUUACAUCCUCCAAGCUCGAUAUGAGGUGUUCAAGGAUAAGGACUUCGGUCCGACCGCUCCGGAAGUGGACUUCAAUGCGCGUCCUGGUACCCUCCGAUGGACUGAUUUCCCUGACCCUCCCCAGAACCGCUCAUCGGUUACUCAGCGCAAGAAGACGGAGAUCUGGGACCAGAAGAACUUGUUGUCUGUUAUGAGAGAUAACAAUUACCAGUUCAAGAGCGAAGCUGUUGAGGAGACAUUCCAGUUUUUUAGAGACGAUGUUGAGUUUUGUCUUUCAAGACACUACAUUCUUCAGAUGAACGGCGACAAUGGCCCUCUCACGCAGACGGCCCCUUGGGACACCAUGUCUCCAGCGGACCCUGGACGGCGAUGGAUGUUUCUGAUUAAGGUCCAUGUUCAUCAAGACAACAAACCCGACGAGAUCCUAAAGGCACACGAGCAACUGGCCAACAUUCGACGCGAGCUUGAAGGCGUCUUUGAUUUCAAGAUGUUCGACAGACGUAUCCACGACACUCGCGUCGCAGUCGAGAUGCGGAAUGCACCAGCACCGCUACCUCAGGUUAUGACUGUUACCGAUCAGCGGUAA